AUGGGUAUUGAUCUAAUCGCUGGAGGUAAGAGCAAGAAGACCAAAAGAACAGCUCCCAAGUCCGACGAUGUCUACCUCAAGCUCACCGUCAAGCUUUACCGGUUUCUGGUGAGGAGGACACAGAGCAAGUUCAAUGCAGUGAUAUUGAAGAGGCUGUUCAUGAGCAAAGUCAACAAAGCUCCUCUCUCUCUAUCUAGACUCGUCGAGUUCAUGACCGGCAAGGAAGAUAAGAUUGCUGUUUUGGUUGGAACUAUCACCGACGAUUUGAGAGUACACGAGAUUCCAGCGAUCAAAGUUACAGCGUUGAGGUUCACGGAGAGAGCAAGAGCUCGUAUUGAAAAAGCUGGUGGUGAGUGCUUGACAUUUGAUCAGCUCGCUCUCAGAGCUCCAUUGGGCCAAAACACGGUUCUUCUCAGAGGACCAAAGAACUCACGUGAAGCUGUGAAGCAUUUCGGUCCUGCACCGGGUGUGCCAGGCAGUCACUCAAAGCCGUAUGUUCGGUCCACGGGAAGGAAGUUCGAGAAAGCCAGAGGAAGGAGGAAGAGUCGUGGUUUCAAGGUUUAA